UAAGAAGUUGAAUGCAAUGACCAGGGAAUUAAACUUGGAGGUGGUAGAAAGCUCAGAAGAAGUGGCUGAAGUAACUGCAUUAGGUGGUAGUGGCUUUAGGUUUGUGGUCAACUUGCAAGAGGGGACAUGUUCUUGUCGACAAUGGCAAGUUUCUGUCCAUCCUUGCAAACAUGCUCUUGCAUUCAUCACGUCACUUAGCAAUGCACACAUACGACACUAUGUGGACUUGUAUUUCUCCGUUGACAAAUAUAGAGCAGCUUAUGCCCAACUAAUUCCUGCUAUGCCGGACAAGACCCAAUGGCCUAAAUCUGACCAUGGAUUCUUCAUGCAUCCACCACUAUUGAAGGCCACGGCUGGUAGGCAUAAAACUGAGAGGUACAAAGGUUGCGGUGAGAAGAAAAGGAAAAGUGGUCAACACUUAUGCCCUAUUUGUAAGGAAUAUGGGCAUCAUUGGCACAAAUGUAAGAAGGGAAACCCAGAGGACAUUGCUGCAAUGAUGGCUGUGAGAGAACCACCAAAGAAAAUGACAAAGACAACCAAAACAACAAAGUUAUCCAUUGUGCCUUGCGAAGGAGUACCAACAAGAAUGUGUUUUCCCCCAAGCAAAAGCUUGGAAACUACAACCAAAAAAAGGGGAAACAUGUUAACUCUACUGCUGGAGCAUCAAAAAGCAAAAGCUUGAGAAUACAAACAAAAAGGGAAAAGGGGGGAAUCUGAAUCGGUUCGAUCCAAGAGAUCAAGAACCGGCUCAAAACAGCCGGAGCCAAUUUCCAUCGAGUUUCCUAUGUCCAGCGAUGAAACAAAUGUUCCUGUGAAGGUUAGGGGCAAGAGUAAGGAGUGCAUUGAAAAGACUCCUAUGGUGCCACAAGACAGCCCAGCAAUGUGCACAAGAAGCAAAAAAUUUAACUCUGCAAGCCCUUCAAUGAGCACAAGAAGCAAAAGGCGGCUUAGUUUGUGAUUGUCAUGUUUUCCUUAAUGUCAUGGUUACUUUUGGAUGUCCUUUUGUGCUGCUCAUGUGAUGUACUUGUGGAACUGACCUCAUGUGUGAAACAGUAUGUGAUGCAUGCCAACUAGUACUGAUGUAUGUGGUGAAU